AUGUAUUUCAGCAUCAACAAAUCAAAGAACAUCUAUAUCCAGACUACAGAGAAAACCGAUGACCCCCACAGUGGUGCUGGUGCAACCUACCUCCAUGCCACCUGCCAAGCAAAUGAUGGCAGUUGGGUGGAAAACUCGACCAGACUGGAUGACAAAAUCUGGUAUGACCCCGACCACAAGAGGUGGACUCUAGGAAAUCCGGACUGGGAAGGCUGGUGGACGACCCUUCCGGAUGGGCAGCCGCCCCCGUUGCUCAUCGAUCAGGUGAAACCUGGUACACUACAGCUCAAAGGUGGCAACCUCUUGACAGCCACGCUCACUCAGGAUUAUGGUGGUAAGGAUAUGGCGAUUUGUCUCGAUUUCUUCUUCAGCAACAACGAUGGAAAGCUGGAAUAUGAUGGCCUAAUGGUCAGAUACAAGUGUCGCGAUGAAGCUCUGCUCCGCGGUUUUGUUAUUGGAAUAGAUGGCAAGCUCCAUUACCAAGAGAUCGACUUGGGUGACCAUUACGAGAACGACAAUGGAAGAAUCAAGCAGAAGAGAAACGGCAACUUCUUCAUGACCUCUGACGGGUGGCUCGUCAAUUCCGAAUUUGAACUGCAGGCGCACCUUGAAUACAAAAACCUUGGUGGAGGUUGGAUCACGGCUAAGUACCCUCUCUAUAAGGAUAUCAAGGUCGCCGAUGACGGAAGCUUAUCGAUUGAUGACCCCGACGAUUACCCGUUUUUCUCCCUGCAUGGUGCCUUUUUCAGAUUCCUAGAGGACAUUCCAGUGCUUGGGUACUUUAUUGCUGGAAUUGAUCACCUAGCAGGUGAAUAUCGAGCACCAUUGCCUGCGGAACCCUGGGUGGACCCGCGGGAGCUGCUCUCGGGACAGCAGUUGCUACAUUGGCUGCCCCAUAUAGCUCUUAUGGCUGACACCUUUUUGUUUCACGGCGCAGGGUCAACCAUUGGGAUGAUCGGCUCGGCAUUUGGGGAACUUCUGGCAGAGGAGCUUGCGGCCGAAGGCUUUGACAAACUUUUUAGUACCAUUGGAGGCUGGUUGGGAAAAAAGGGAUUCAAAAAGCUCACCACCAAGGAGAUGCAAAAAAUCGUCGACACCAUCAUUGACGCCAUGGGAAAGGGAGAAUCGGAAGACACCGUGCAGGCAAAGAUUCGCGCAUUUGACCAAGAGCUGAGGGAAAAAUAUGCGUACGCGCUAAGCUCGGUAGUGAGGGACGCCUGCGCCGCGGUCGAGGGCUCGGUGCAAACAGCCAUUGAGGACGUCGAACAAGAAAUCAAGAGUCAAAUUCAAUUACCGGACUUUCUGGAGGAUGUGGCACAGAAGCUCAGACAAGCGGUGGAGGAGACACUUGCAGACGCCCUGCAGCAACUAGCGUCCAAGGCAAAGAUGGAAGGAAUCGAGGAUUAUGAGCGUUCACGUGAUCCACGAACCGUACAGGGCUCGUAUACAUUCGAGGUGUGGGACGCAAGGGAAAAGGUUGUGGCCAAGGUUCCCGAAGCGGUCCACGAGGCUAUUCCAGACGUCGCGCAGCAAGUCGCAGCGGAGGUGGCAGUGGAAAAGACGGUAGAGAAAGCAGUGGAGAAUACUGUGGGCCGCGUCAGAGACCUUGCAAGAUCGGCAAUCAGUGAUGCGAUUUCUGAACUGCGAUCGGUCCGACUGAGCGCUGACGAUCUGGAGUACGCAGAUUUGAACUUCGACAUACACAAGGAUGUGGAAGAUGCAGUGCAAAAGUCUGUGGAUCAGGCGCAGAAUCGGGUGGUGGAGGCAGCGAAAGCAGCCGCUGAGGCUGUGCAGGCCAAGGCCCAGAAGUUGUUGCAAGAGGCACUACCAGAAGCAGAAAAGAACGCAGUGCAGAAGAUAGAGCAGGACAUCCAAAAACGUAUGGACGACGCAAGAGAAGACGGUUUUAUGUAUGGCUUUGGGGGUGUGCGAGAGCUUCCGAUGAGUCCGGCUGAUUUAGCCUUGAAAGAUUUAGAGAAGGGUCGAGAAGCAAGGGAGAAAUGGGGGAAAUUGUGCGACGAAGUGGUGAAGAAGGUCAAUCAAGCAGUGAAAGAGGCAGCUGAGAAAGCUUUGCAAGAGGUAAGGCAGGAAGUGAUCAAAGAGGCAGAAGGGAAAUUCGACAUGGCUCUGCAGAAGAUGAGUAACGAGGCAGAGGAGGAGAACUUCGACAAGGUCGCACAGGCACACGCAUAUGACGAGGUCAAGAAACUGGGAGAGAAGAUCGGGCAGUGUGCUGUGAAGAAGCUCAAUGACGCAGCAGAGCAAAUUGUGAAGCAAAUUAUACAGCAGGCCCUACACGAAACUUGGGUCCCCCCAUAUCUGCUUCCACGUGCAGCACAGGAAGACGCGCGGACAAUAGUGCGGGAGACAGAACCAAAAAUCAAGAUGGUAGUCCAGGACACGAUCGAAAGCGAAAAGGAUAAGGCAACAUCAAAACGGAUUCAGAGAAAAAAUGCACCAGGAGAACGCCACAACCCCUUUGACAAGGGCUUCCCGCACCCACAUAAGCCUACCGGAAUUCACCCGAGAUUUUGA